AUGAUUUUGCUUGGAUUCAUUAUCAUUUCCCUCUACUUGCUUCCUCUCGGAUUGCACCUCAUCGUAUCCUUUCGCACGCGUACUCGGCUUAUGGCGGCGUCGCUUCUUGCUCCUGUCAGUUCUCAGAUCGUCGCAAUCUGUCGCACGCCCAGUCGCACAUCCGUCGCAAAUGCGGCCGAAUGGGCACGACGAGAGUUAACUAUGCGGCGUCGCCUCGUCUUCUGCUCCGCCCAGCCUCCAGCAAGCAACGCAGGAAACGACAAGGAUAAAAGCGACAAAAUUCAAGAACAACAACCCGACCCAGAACCCAUCGUACCGCCUUCCGCGGCGUCAUCUGCAGCGUCGUCUCCCGGGCGCGAUGCGAUAAUGGCGGAGCUGGACCGCGCGUUGAACGGCGAGGAGUCGAAGGCGCUCUGGGCGGACCUCGAGUCCGCCGCGCUGCGCGUUUCCCGCGCGCGCGCGUCGUACGAGGAGAUGGAGAAGAAGGAGAAGGAGCUGCUCGCGCUCAAGGCGGAGCUGGAAGCCGCCGCGCUGAUGGAGGCGGAACUUGCGCAGGCGGAUGCGCAGGUGGAGAAGCUAGAAGCUGAGGUGGCAGCAGCAGAGCAGGCAGCCAGGGCUGCCGGAGCAGCCCUCAUCGAGGCUCGGGCAGGCGGCGGCUUCCGAACCAGCAGUGCAGGCUCGGGAGAACAAGCAGCAGGGAAAUGGGCGGCGAGCACUGGCUCGAUCGAUGAGGACAAAGAACGAGAGCAAUCAGCCAAGGCUGCUGCAGUUGCAGCUGUAGCAGGCACUGUAGCAGGCCUGCCAUUCCUGCUGAGUCAGCGAGCACAGGAAGGAGGAACGGGAUUAAGCUUCUUGGUCGCAGCAGCGGCGCUAGCUGCAACAUGUGCACUGUUCGGUGUCACCUACCGGUACAUAGUCCGGAAAGACGUGGGAAACAUUCAGCUUAAAGCCGGGGCCGUUGGUGCGUUCGGGCUGGCGAGAGGGCUGGCUCAAGUGGACACCACAUUCUCUCUUGUCAGCUCUGGUUCGGAAGGGAUGGGCAACAUUACGGAUGGUGCCUUGGUGCCGGUGGCGCUUUCACUGCUGGAGGCAGGUGAGGGGGUGCUGGUGCUGGCACUUACAGCCACUGCGCUUGAAUACUGCCUGCAGACAGGAUUCCUGUCCACGUUCCCUGCUGAAUCACCAUCCUCUUCAGAUUCACCUUCGAAAUAA